CUGACAGGUUGUUGCCCGUUCACAUGUCCAACGCACUGCGAUUUCGGCUGAGCUCGCAGCUUCCCCGUCAAACCCACAACCGACCGACCCACCGUGCCAGCUGAUGCCAUGGAUGAGGACGAGUCGGACGACAUUCGCUUUCAGUCGCUGCAGCGUGCCUUCGACCGGGCGGCCGAGCAGCUGUAUGAGAGAGCCGUGGACAAGCUGUUGUCAAUCAAGGAGAGGGCCGAGGAGAGGGGCUUCCAACUGAUCAGUCCAGUGCACUGCCUGUUGGAAGGAGCGCAUUGGAUUCCCCAUGGGGAACGCUUCGAGGGCCCUGAAGAGCAGAAAGUCCGGCGGCUGGCUGAGAAGCUCGUGUGUGCGUAUCCGUCGGUUCCGCAGGGAGAUCCGAGGUAUGAUGCAGUGGAGGCAGCCAAGUUCCCCAUGGUCGACUGCAUCAUGCAAAGCGCCGCUUCGUAUGGCGAUCUGGCCUUGUUCCGCCUGGUGGCUGGUCGGAUGGGGUCACUGGGACGACCGGAUCACGUGGUGAGGGCGGCCAUCUCGGGUGGGUCGAUUGCGGUUCUUCGAGAGCUGGUGCUAGAGCAUGGUGUCCCUCUGCCGCUGAGUAUCAUGACGUCCCCACCCCAGUCUACCCAGUCUAUCCUCCCUUUGCACAAGCAGGUGUCCACGCUCACCGAGGCCAUUCAGCUGGGUGCGACGAUGGACGGCAGCACACGGAGGAACCCCCUCGCCUGGGAGGCUCUGUUAGCAUACCAACAACUCCUGAACCAAAUACAAAAGCAGCAGAGUAACUUGGAUGUUUUUACUUGCUGCUAUCUUUUGCCUAUCCAUAGGCGUUUGUUCGUGUGGAGCGUGCAGCCAAGGCGGCCCUCCGGUCCCUCGCCGCUGUCUACACGGCCACUCAGAUCCAUCCCAUCCUCUCCCCCUUCUCUUCAAGCGCCCCCACUCUCGGCCCGCUGCUCAUCGAGGAGGCCCCCCGACACAUCCAGUUCCCCACAUUAACCCUUUUCGGUCGCCGGAUCACCAUCGCACUUUCACACGCCGUCAAGUCGGUGGCCAUGGGCACUCAGCAGCAGCAGCAGCAGGGCAACCAAUCAGCAAGAGGGGGUGGGCAGCCAAGGCAGCAGGGCGACGAGCCAACACGAUCGGCCGCAGCGGAGCACGCAGCCGACAACGAAGCAACAGACCAACAGCGGCAGCCUGACGGCGACGAGCCAUCACCAGCAGGAGAUGGCCAGGGGCAGCCAGGGGGUGGCGACCGAGCAGUCCCAUCGACCGCAGAUGGGGAUGGAGGCAGCGACCAAACAGCAGGACGUCCCCUUUGGACGGUGUCUGAGCAGCUGAGUCGCCGGCUUUUUACCAUUGGUAGCGUCUCCUCUCGGCGUGUGUCGUUGUGGGAUGUGGUGGAGAAGGCCAGGCACGAGGAGGCGGCCAAACACCGCCUGACGAUCGACGAGAGGGCGGGCAGCGACACAUCUUUUGAGUGGACGGAGGUGGGCUAUGUCGACAACGGCCAAUUCGUGUCGCUGGGACUUGACACGGCCAUUAUCCCAUCCCAGCCCACUCUUGGUGCUACAGCCGAUGGCGCAUCUGCACCGCAUGACGAACCCCCUUCCAGCUCGUCGUCUGUUGAGAUGAUGCGUGGCCAGCCAUCGGCGCCCGCUGUCUCGCAUGACGAGACCCCGGCCGGCCCCUCCUCGACUGGUGUGUCGGACGACGGUCCUGGCCCCGCCCCUCCACCACCAGUCACGCCGUCACCAUCUGCAGCGAGUGGCGGUGCCCAGCCCUCUGCAUCGUCAUCAGCCAGCGCGCAAGGGCCCUCGUUUUGGGGGUGGAUCCGGGGGUGGAACCCAUCACCAGCAUACACGGGAGUACCACAAGCUGCAGCGGCACCAGCAUCAUCUGAUGACGUGCCGGGGGCAGAGCGUAGACGCCAGCCAUGUGGCGUCAUAAUGCAAGCAGGAGAGCCAGACAGACGGGCAGAUAGAGCGGGCAGGUAGCUAGCAUUACGUUUGUGGUGUGCCGAUCUGGUGGGGACUUGUUUGACGUGUGGUCAAGCUGGUGGCCGGACAGAAAUGCACCUAUUGAAAUGGACGCUGCCGUCUGCAUGACAGACCGACGG